GUUAUUAGCCCACCAUCUCACCGGCCCCCAAUUCUCCGAUUGCAUACCUGCGCGGAGAAGCCGAAGCGAGCAAGCGAUUGUGACGAAAGCGUGUCGGAGUAGAAGCUGUCCAAGAAAGAGAAGCGGAGGGCGAUGGCGGAGGAGCAGCAGCUGAGGCUGGACUUGGAUGAGCUGAGGCACCUCGAGAGCAUCGCCAAGAGGCCCCGUGUCCUAUCCCUCCUUUCCUCCGAGAUCCGUGACCUGGACGCCAAGUUGUCGAGGGUGACUGCUGUGACUGCAGCGGCACGGCAGGCUGCAGUCGCUGCGGAAAAGGUACCCGUUAAUGUUGAUGCUGUGAACAGAAGCUAUGUCACUCUUGGAUCGUUUAGUUGGGAUCAAGACAACGAUAAAAUCAAGAUUUAUAUAUCUAUUGAAGAUGCAGAGCAAGAGAAGGUGGAUACAGUUUUUAAGCCAAUGUCUGUUGACAUCAAAUUCCAUGACAUCCAUGGAAAGAAUUAUCGAUUUGCCAUUCCAAAAUUGAACAAGGAGAUAUUGCCUGAGAAGUGUAAGCUAGUGGUCAAGCCCAAUAAAGUCAUAGUUACACUUGUUAAAGCUUCCAAGGGAAACUGGUUAGACCUGCACCUUAAGGAAGACAAGCUAAAGUCGAACCUGGACAAAGAUAAAGACCCAAUGGCAGGAAUCAUGGAUUUGAUGAAGAACAUGUACGAGGAAGGUGAUGAUGAGAUGAAACGAACAAUAGCCAAAGCUUGGUCUGAUGCAAGAUCUGGGAAAACAGCUGACCCACUGAAAAAUUGCCCAUGAAAAAUCCUGAUCUCUGUAAUCACUGCUGAAAAAUUGCCCAUGAAAAAUUCUGAUCUCUGUAAUCACUGCUGUGGUUCUUUUGAGCGUCUACUCUUUUCGCCAGCAUGGGCUGAACUGUUCUUGAACUUUGUCGCACCUUAGUUGGCCUUGCAUGUGUUUAUAUUUGCAGUAUUCCAUGCUCCUUCCACGUUCGAUGCCUGGGAGCUAUAACUUGUUGGUAAUUAAAGUGUUUUUGGUGCUUCCUGAGUGA